ACCGAGCGUCCGUCUUGUCCCGCAGUGAACGGCACGGUGCGGGAGGAGCUGAUCGCCAGCAAGACGAGCGAGGAGAUCGUGCAGCUGGCCGCCAAGCUGGCCUCCCAGUCCGGCCUGGACAUCGUGCGCAUCCGCAAACCCUUCCACACCGCCAACCCCAGCGUGCAGGGCCAGUGGCACCCGCUCACCAACAAACCCUCCGUCCUCACCGUGCGCGGCCCCCGCACGGCGCCGCAAUAAAGCCGCACGCUGAAGCACCGCCGCUUCCACGCA